AUGUUCAAAUUGUUCAUCUUCGCAUGCUUCCUCGCCGUAGCCGCUGCCAAGCCCGGCGUGAUUCCGAUAGCCUAUACAGCUCCUGUAGCGGCGGCGUACACUGCACCUGUGGCUGCUGCUUACACUGCGCCUUUGGCCUAUCCAGCCUACUCAGCCUACACAGCGCCAGUAGCAUAUUCUCCAUACACAUACGCUGCCCCCUACUCCUACUAUUUCCGUCGUUAA